GCCUUCUUCACAGUCCAACUCACACCCAUAUAUGACCACAGGAAAAACCAUAGCCUUGACUAGACGGACCUUAGUUGGCAGUCAUGUCUGCUUGCAGCUUAGAUGUGAUAAAUCCCUAGGGGACUUGGGCUGGGUACUGGGGAGUCACGGCUGCAAAGAGGGCCCUGAGGCGGGGCUGCCCCACCCUCAGCGCUGGCCCUCAGGGAACAGGAGGCACAGCUGACACCCGGACGACCUUUUCCCUACAUUCAGCUAUUUUUAGUUCAAAUGCCGCCCUCCUCACGUGAGCCCCGUUGGGCACCCCCAGGCUCCCAGACCUUUGAGAGAUCUUCAGCUUGCAGAAACCCGCUCUGCGUCCCCACUCCUGAUUCUCGUCGUGAGGCGGGGGUAGAUUCUCGUUGCGCCCCGUAUCUGUUCUCAACCCAAAUUCGGGAGUGGGUGUCAGGUUCCCGGCGAGGGCGGGUCUUAGGUGGCCUGCCCUGAAGGACGUGCGGACACGGGCCAGAGCGACUGGCCGCACAAUCGAACAGGAGCAAACCCUAGCUGUGCCAAGCAACCCCCAGGAUGGCGGAAGCGCACCAGGCUGUGGCCUUCCAGUUCACUGUGACCCCAGAGGGGGUCGACUUCCAGCUCAGUCGGGAGGUGCUGAAACAGAUCUAUCUGUCUGGGGUCAGGUCCUGGAAGAAACGCCUGAUUCGCAUCAAGAAUGGCAUCCUGAGGGGCGUGUACCCUGGCAGCCCCACCAGCUGGCUGGUUGUGGUUAUGACAACAGUGGGUUCCUCCUGCUACAACGUGGACGUUUCCAUGGGACUGGUCUAUUAUAUCCAGAGAUGGCUUCCUGAGGGACGUCCCUACCGGACCCCAUACACCCACCUCCUCAGCAUGGCCGUCUUCUCCACGGGCGUCUGGGUGAUGGGCAUCUUCUUCUUUCGCCAAACCCUGAAACUGCUUCUUUCCUACCACGGUUGGAUGUUUGAGAUGCACGGCCAGACCAGCCACUUGACCAGAGUCUGGGCUGUCUGCGUCCGCCUUCUGUCUGGCCGACGGCCCAUGCUCUACAGCUUCCAGACGUCUCUGCCCAAGCUGCCGGUGCCCAGCGUGCCAGCCACAGUUCAUCGGUACCUGGAAUCCGUGGAACACUUGUUGGAUGAUGAGCAGUAUUACCGAAUGGAGAUGCUGGCCAAGGAGUUCGAGGAGAAGACCGCCCCCAGGCUGCAGAAGUACCUGGUGCUCAAGUCCUGGUGGGCAACCAACUACGUGAGCGACUGGUGGGAGGAGUACGUCUACCUGCGGGGCAGGAACCCCCUCAUGGUCAACAGCAACUACUACGUCAUGGACCUCGUGCUUGUCAAGAACACAGACGUGCAGGCUGCCCGCCUGGGAAAUGCUGUCCACGCCAUGAUCACGUAUCGCCGUAAACUGGACCGUGAAGAGAUCAAGCCGGUGAUGGCACUGGGCCUUGUGCCCAUGUGCUCCUACCAGAUGGAGAGGAUGUUCAACACCACUCGCAUCCCGGGGAAGGACACAGACAUGCUCCAGCACCUCCCGGACAGCAGGCACGUGGCCGUCUACCACAAGGGCCGCUUCUUCAAGCUGUGGCUCUACGAGGGCUGCCGCCUGCUCAAGCCUCGGGACCUGGAGAUGCAGUUCCAGAGAAUCCUGGACGACCCCUCCCCACCCCAGCCCGGGGAGGAGAGGCUGGCAGCCCUCACUGCAGGGGGAAGAGUGGAGUGGGCGCAGGCACGCCAGGCCUUCUUCAGCUCUGGCAAGAACAAGGCUGCCCUGGAUGCCAUCGAGCGCGCUGCGUUCUUCGUGGCUCUGGACGAGGAGUCUCACCACUACGACCCAGAGGACGAGGCCAGCCUCAGCCUCUACGGCAAGGCCCUGUUGCACGGCAACUGCUACAACAGGUGGUUCGACAAGUCCUUCACACUCAUCUCUUUCAAGAACGGCCAGCUGGGACUCAACACAGAGCACGCGUGGGCAGACGCCCCUAUCAUAGGGCACCUCUGGGAGUUUGUCCUGGGCACCGACUCCUUCCAUCUGGGCUACACAGAGACGGGGCACUGUCUGGGCAAACCCAACCCUGUGCUGCCCCCGCCUCAGCGACUCCAGUGGGACAUUUCUGAGCAGUGCCAGGCUGUCAUCGAGAGUUCCUACCAGGUGGCCAAGGCUCUGGCGGACGACGUGGAGCUGUACUGCUUCCAGUUCCUGCCCUUUGGCAAAGGCCUCAUCAAGAAGUGCCGGACCAGCCCUGACGCCUUCGUGCAGAUCGCCCUGCAGCUGGCGCACUUCCGGGACAAGGGCAAGUUCUGCCUGACCUACGAAGCCUCGAUGACUAGAAUGUUCCGCGAGGGCCGGACAGAGACCGUGCGCUCCUGCACCCGUGAGUCCACAGCAUUUGUUCAGGCCAUGGUGCAGGGGCGCCACCCGAACGAAGACCUCCGGCGUCUGUUCCGGAAGGCUGCUGAGAAGCACCAGAACAUGUACCGCCUGGCCAUGACAGGGGCGGGCAUCGACAGGCACCUCUUCUGCCUUUACGUGGUCUCCAAGUACCUGGGAGUCGAGUCCCCUUUCCUGGCUGAGGUGCUCUCAGAACCCUGGCGCCUCUCCACUAGCCAGAUCGCUCAAUUCCAGAUCCGUAUGUUCGACCCAAACAAGUACCCCAAACACCUGGGUGCUGGCGGUGGCUUUGGCCCUGUGGCAGAUGAUGGCUACGGUGUUUCCUACAUGAUCGCAGGUGAGAACACCAUCUUCUUCCACGUCUCCAGCAAGUUCUCCAGCUCAGAGACGAAUGCCCAGCGCUUUGGGAACCAGAUCCGCCAAGCUCUGCUAGACAUCGCCAAUCUUUUCCAAGUUUCCAAGGCUGAUGGCUAAGGGCUGGAGAGAUGCCAGCUGCCCUUCUGUCCCCACAGAGUGGAGGAGGGGGCCUGUGGUCAGCCUUCAGGCACAGGGGUGGCAGCGCAUAGGUGCCUAGGCUCCAAGAACAUCUCCGGAAACAAGUGCUCCCCCAGCUGACACUGCUCCCUGAGGGCUCAGGUGGCAGAGGUAGGGCUGGAGGGAAUCUUGAUUUUUUUUCUUGCUAGAUGCUAAUAAAAAUAAGGCUGUAUGGUUCUGCUUUAGCCCUUAAGUACCUAUGGGUUUUUUGAGGGGUGGGGGACUAGGAGGCCCUUCCCUUGCUCUAGCUCAGGCCAGUGAGGUGGCCAGGGAAGGGCUAGGGCUGGAGACUGUGAGAGGCUUCUGACCUGCUUUUAAUACAGGUCUCUGCUGUCCACACCCACAUAUGCACUUGGAAUAAAUUCUUGCUUCAGAACCUC